AUGAUCAGAGCUGCCGCAAUGAAAGCUACCGCAGACACAGCCUUUCGCCUGUCCGGUCUCGGUGCCGGAGGCCCAGGCCAUAUCUUGGUCGGCCAGAGUAUCGUGGUCCGGCCUGACGCCGGCGCGCACGACAAGACCACCCCUCGCGAGGCCUGGGGCCUCAAGUCCGGACUCUACACGCCCCGUCAACUAGUCGAAGGGUUUGCGCCGCUUCUGGACACUGUCGUGUUCCGUCUGGGCCCAGAUCCGCCCAACGCAAGAGCGGCGCGGGCGCAACUACUCGACAACCUGGCCGCCAAUCUCGACACCAGCACCCGGGAAGCCACUCUACGCUUCCCCGACACCGAUAUCGAUGACUCCCGUCAGGAAAUCGCCGAACAGGCCAGAAGUAUUGGGCGGACGCUUGUCCAGUACGCGCGCAACUACACGGGCGGUCCGUUCGAUGCCGACCUCUACCUCCGCAGCCCCUGCGAGGGCCAUCUGCUCAUCCCGCUCAACGUCGACCUCAUGUUCGGCCGUCGCAGCCAGUCGCAUCUGAUGCAGCUGUUCAACGAGUACAUGCAUCAGAUGGUCCUCCUGCGGGACGCGCUGCUGCCGUUCAAGAACUACGAGGACGUGAUCAUCCCAGUGGACGGCCGCGCCGCUCGAGGGAUCCGGCAUCUCGAGACCUCCCGGUCCGAGUUCCUCACCCACCUCUUGGUCAAGGAGGUCACCCAAUCGGCCAUCGUCAAACACGCCCAGGCCCUCCUCGCUCCGGGCCUGCUGUCUCGUUCCAGCCGGACUUCCCCCAAGGUCAGCCCCGGAUACGGUUUCCAGUAUGCCCACGGCCUGGUCCUGCCUGCGUUCCUGGCCGGAGGCCCGACUCCGUUCCAUCUCCUCCAGUAUAUCCCCGCCAGGCUGGUCGAUGAUGCACCCGAAGGUGUCAUCUUCGACUACCGCAUCCAGGACUACUAUCUGGCGCCGCGCGUCGAGAUCCCCGCCGGCACCAAGACCUCAGUGCUACAGUCUGCGGGAUACCCCGUGGCCAACGACUGCGGCACACCAAGACUCGGAGUCCAAAGCGUCAAAAUCGGAGUCGUUCCACCGACGCCCGGCUCGACCGCGUCGUCGCCGACGGUCCGGCAGCUCGAAUUGCAACUCCAGCUGGACAACGGCCAGUGCGUCUCCGUCGAUCUGGGCCAGGUUGCGCGGGGCCAUCGCUACGCCUAUCAGACGUCCGGAGCCAGCGAAUCCGCGACAUCAUCCAACGACACGCACGACGUGACACCCAUUGUAGUCCACGCCGCUGCAUCCGUCCUGGAGACCGGGCACGGCGACGGCCUCGUCACGGCUCACAAUGGUGGUGUCCAUGUGAUUCCCGUGCAAGACCCGGCCGUCGCUCUGGUGCUUCUGGGGAAGAUCUACCCGGAGAACGUGGUCCUUCUGCCGGCGUCGAAGGACUUGGCGCAGGCCGAGAAAGCCGGGAAGGGCCUGGAGCCGAAGUUUGUGCUUUGGGGCGGCGUGAAGCGCGGUGGUCUACGAGGAAAGGAAUCAAAAACAGCGGAAGCAUACAACGAAUGGGCCAAGGUCUACGACAUGGACGGCGACUUCCUGCAAGCCCUCGACACAAUCGAGAUGCGCCGUCUCCUCCCGGCCUUCCUCGCAAAACUCCCCACCAACGCACAACACGCCCCUCCCAAGCUAGUCGACCUCGGCUGCGGCACCGGCCGCAACACGCUCCAACUCCUCAAGGGCGUGCCGCGCAACGCCGCCAUCGUGGGGCUCGACGUCUCGCCCAGCAUGCUAGACAUCGCCCGGGACGCGCUCCGCAAGGCGCGCGAGACCAGCGCGGCGAAGGCAGAUGCGACGGUGACGUUGGCGGUUGUCGACCUGCUCCGCUCGCCGCUGGUGGUGCUGGACUGUGCGCGCGGCGCGGCAGCGGCGAUUUCCACGCUGGUCAUGGAGCAUAUCCCGCUGGAGCGGUUCUUCGAGGCGGCGGCGGCGGCGGUGUUGUUGGUUCCCGACGGGUAUUUGCUGGUGACGAAUAUGCAUGCGGAGAUGGGUGAGAUCAGCCAGGCGUGGUUCACGGAGCCUGAGACCGGGAUGAAGAUUCGGCCGACGAGCUACUCUCAUAUGCUGGUGGAUACGCUGGCUGCGGCGGAGGCUGCGGGGUUUGAUGUUGAGGAGCUGGAUGGGGAGGCUGUUCGGGAGAGGAGGGUGGAUGUGGCGAUGGCGGAGGCGCGGUGGAAGAGAGCUGCCAAAUGGGUGGGCGUCACAGUGUGGUUUGGGAUUUGUUUCAGGAAGAGGUCGUGA